AUGGCUUUCGCGUCUCUUCUCGCCCUCACCGCCCUCGCCGCUGUCACUCGCGCCGCCCCGACCGCGGAGGCCGCGAUCUGCUCCGAUGGCACCCGCGUCUCCAACUCUGCCUGCUGCGCGUUCAUCCCGCUCGCAAAGGACCUGCAGGAGAACGUCCUCGAGAACGAGUGCGGUGAAACUGCGCAUGAGAUCCUCCGUCUGACGUUCCACGACGCCAUUGGAAUCAGCCAGAAGCUCGGCCCGAAGGCCGGCACCGGUGCUGACGGCUCUGUCCUGCUCUUCCCCACAGUCGAGCCCGAGUUCUUCGCCAACGACGGUAUCUCCGACAGUGUCAACAACCUGCUGCCGUUCCUGCAGAGGCACAAAGUCUCCGCCGGCGACCUCGUCCAGUUCGCUGGUGCCGUCGCACUGACCAACUGCCCUGGUGCACCCCGCAUCCAGUUCCUCGCCGGCCGCCCGAACGCGACCCACCCGUCCAUCGAAGGUCUCGUCCCCGAGCCGCAGGACAGCGUCGACACCAUCCUCGACCGUUUCGCAGACGCUGGCAAUUUCUCUCCCUUCGAGGUUAUCUCCCUCCUGGCUUCUCACAGUAUCGCGCGUGCGGACAAGGUCGACCUCACUAUCGACGCCGCUCCCUUUGACUCGACCCCGUUCGUGAUGGACACCCAGAUCUUCCUCGAGGUCUUGCUCGAGGGCACCGGAUUCCCCGGAGCUGGUCCCAGCGACGCCCAGGCCGCCUCCCCCCUCCCCGUUGGCAGCGGCAACGACACCGGCGAGCUCCGCCUCCAGUCCGACUUCGCGCUCGCCCGCGACCCGCGCACAGCCUGCUUCUGGCAGGGCUUCGUCAACCAGCAGGAGUUCAUGGCCACCAGCUUCAAGAACGCGAUGGCCAAGCUCGCCACUCUUGGCCAGAACACCAGGAACCUGAUCGACUGCUCUGAGGUCGUCCCACCGGCCAGCACCGUCGCCGUCAAGCCCGCGUCCUUCCCCGCGACCAAAGGCCCCGCCGACCUCCAGAUCGCCUGCAACGCGCGCACCUUCCCUACUCUCACCUCUGACCGCGGCGCAACCGAGACGUUGAUCCCGCACUGCCCGGACGGCUCUCAGAUUUGCCCAUCCGUCGACACCGACGGCCCGGCCACCGACAACGACGACCCGAGCACCGACCCCGGCACCCUCUAA